CUGGCUGCACGUGAGCCGGGAGCGCUCAGAGAAGAACAAUUCAGUGCGCAUGAGCGCGCGCUCCGAACCGCGCGCUCUCACUUCACCUCACACAGUCGAGCGCGUCGUAUUACGGUGCCUAAUUUAAAUAAUACAAACAUUAAUUCCGUAGACGACGAUGCUACGAUAAUCAAAUUAAAAAUCUCUUCAGCACACCGGCCAGCGCUCAUCGACAAUGACCGACACUUAACGGCGGUGGGUUUUUUUAAACCAAAGCAGAAUGGAAAGCGGCAAAAAUGAGCCACCGAGGAUCCAAAAGGAGCUCAACUCGCGACAAAUCAGCUGCUGACUUCGGACGGAGUCAUGAACUUAUUGGAUAUCUUUCUAGAACUACUCAUCGUUGUAAUUGCAGUGGUGUCGCUCGUGGCGAACUUGCUGGUGUUACUGUGCUUCACCUGCAGCGCACAAGUUCGCGCACAGGUGCCGGGGAUCUUCAUCAUGAACCUCUCCUUCUGCAACAUCCUCAUCUCUGUCCUCAACAUGCCUUCCACCUUGCUUGGGGUCGCAAAGCACCAGAAGCCUUUCGGCGACCACUUUUGCUACACAGUGAGCUUCAUGGAUACUUUUCUGACCACCAACACGAUGUUGAGCAUGGCAGCUCUCAGCAUAGACCGCUGGAUAGCCGUGGUUUUCCCUCUGACUUAUCCCAGCAAAAUGAGACUCAAGAACGCCGCGCUAAUGGUCAGCUACGCCUGGCUUCACUCGCUCGCAUUCUCGCUCACUGCUCUCCUGCUGUCCUGGGUCGGCUACAGUCCCGCGUACGCGUCUUGCACCGUGCACCUGACAGAAGAUGCUGAGGGCCGCGGGCGCUUCGCGGUGUUUACCGCGGUCUUCCACGCUUGCACCUUCGCCCUCUCGCUGUUCGUCUUAUGCUUUGCGUACCUGAAAGUGCUACAAGUGGCGCGCUUCCAUUGCAAGAGGAUAGACGUCAUAACGGUGCAGACGCUUUUACUGCUUGUCGACAUUCACCCGAGUGUAAAGCAACGGUGCUUAUUGGAACAGAAGAAAAGGAGGCAGAGGGCCACUAAGAAAAUCUGCGUUUUCAUCGGCUCGUUCGUCCUGUGCUUCGCCCCCUAUGUCAUAACACGACUGACCGAACUGGCUCCUUCAGUAAAAAUCGACCGUUAUUGGGGGAUCGUGAGCAAGUGCUUGGUGUACAGCAAAGCUGCGUCUGACCCUUUCGUCUACUCCCUCUUACGGCAACAGUAUAAGAAGGCCCUUUUUGGAAUUUGCAACAGGAUUUUGGGACGGAACCUAUACACACUUUCUGGUCACAGCAGUCCCUCGGACAUGGAAAAUGAAUGCUACUCACAAAGGGUUAACAAGCUGAUGGAGGAUAACUGUCACUAGAGCAGGUGAAAAAGGCUGACCACUGACACCCUCAGAAAGACGUGCUCAGCUUUGUGCUGGUUAGUCAGUGGCUGAAUGCCAUACCAAACUGCCUAUAAUUUCUGGAAUAAUGGCAUACACUGUAUAAUUUCUGUUAAAUUCAUGCUAGGUCAAAAUUUUCUUUUAUUGAAUUCAGACCAUGAAGUUUUGCACACUCAACUUAUAAAUGUAUGACUCUUUAUUCACAACAUAGUACUGUAAUGUGUAUUAUAAUGUACAUUCUGAAAAAAAAAAAAAACUAUAGUAGAAGAGUAAGCAUUGUAUAAAUAUUUAUCAUUGUAAGAAGUGAUGACCUGCACUUACUUUAAAAUAUAAUUCAACCUGAUUAAUCUCAUGGCGUUUAGUUUUAUGUAUGUAAUUUAUGAAUUAAUGUAUUUAGGUUAAAACAGUGCUAAAGUGCCUAUUCGGUUCAGAACGCAAUUUUUUUAUUUAUUUUAUUUUUUGAAGGGGAUACUCCACUUACUCUACUUCUAAAUAAAAAAAUACAUUAAAAUAAA